AAAACGGACUUAAAUUGUCCGCUAACCGCGUUCCCUGCUUUGAGACGCUGAGGGGGAUUUGUUUCCCCAAGAGCAAACAGGCUCUGACCCCUCCUGGGCACACCGAGAGCUUGGGAAGUGCUGUGUCCUGCCUGCCGCCAGUGCAGACACAGCUGCCUUCCCCUGCCGGCUCCUGUUGUUCCUUGGAACACCUGAGUGCUGCAUCACCCAGCAAGUCCUGAGUGGGAGUCCCCAAAGUCUCAGGGCUGCUGUAGCUCCAGAUUGAUGCCAAAGAGGAAGACGCAGCUCUGUUCCCUGCCACUGCUGUCUUCAUAGUGGGCAAGGUUGUGCCACAGAAAGCGUGCCAGGGUUUGGAUCCUGUGCUGCUCCUGCCAGUGUCUGGGAACAGGGUUACAGGAGUGCUCAUUGUGCUUGCCUUGCCCUCCCUCAGCACCUCAGCAGAACCUGCAUUUCCUCAUCAUGGGAGGGAGCUAAGCAAGCAGCCAGGACCACUCUGGCCCAAGGCAAGAGGUAUUUGGAGGAGAAGGCAUGGCUCUUUGCAAGAAGGAACCCCGGGGAAAGCAGGGAAGAAGAGCCUCAGUCAGGGUUGGGCUCAGGCUCAGUGGUGCUGCCAGGGAGAUCAUCGAUCUGACCUGUGAGGACAUGAGCACAGACCCAGUGCAGUUGAGCAUGACUGAAGACACCUGCAUCCUUCUACACUGCACCUGCAGUGCUGACCAGGACCCCAGGACUGCACCUGCUGCCCCAGCAGCACACACAUCCCAUCCCCAGCUUUGCUCCACCAUAAAGGAAGAAAUGGAGGCAGUGGCAGAGCCAAGCCCUGCACCAUCCUGGCACAGCACUCCCAUGAAGCCCAGUGCCACCAUGGACACAGCCGAAAGCAUGGAGAACAGGAGCUGCCUCUCUCCUGCCUCCAGCUGCCACAGCUCCUGCAGCUCGGAGCAGGACUGCAGUGCUACCAGCUUCAAUAGUGACCUGAGUUCCCUGUCCAGCAUGCAGCAGGACUCAGCACCCCCCAGCCUGGACAGCAAUAGCAGCUGGAAAGCUGAUGGCCCAGAGGAAGAGCCUCCCCACCUCUGCCAGGAAAGGGACCUCCCCCCAAGGCUGAGCCCUGCCCCAACCCUUCCCACAACCCCAGGGAAGGCCCGAGGAUCUUUGCUGGAAACAAAUGACAUACCACACAAACCAACCCAGCAAGCAACCCCAGACAGGAGCAAUGGUGACAGCAAGGCCUGGCUGGACAAACUGCACAGUUUCAGGAGGAGUGGAGUCCAGCACCUCUUCUUCCAAGGCAUAGCACCCAACAGGGAAACACAGCAGCAGAAACCUGAGCUCAUCCCCAGAGGGAAGCUGAGCAUGGUGCGCACCACCAUGGAGGAGAACUUCCUGGAGGGCACCUUGCAUCUCCUGAAUGAGUUCGUCUCCUGCCAGCACUAUCCCCCCAAAGAUAUCAUCUCCCACCUGAUCAGACAGGUCCUGUUGAAUGCCCAUGAAGAGGAGAUCUUGAAGGACACCUACAUGCUGCUGAUGAAGAUCCAAAUGCUCCAUCCAGCCAACGCUGCCACAGUGGGAUGGAACUGGACGCUGCUGAAAUUCAUCAUGGAGGACCAGGAGAAGCCCCCUGGCCGGCUCCUCUUCCUGCAGUACGUGGUGCAGACCCUGGAGGACGACUUGCAGGAAAAUCUGAGGUUGCACCUGCUGCAGAAGUCAAUUGCCAAGAAAGUGCUUUCGUGUGACAUGUGCUUCAACAAUGUCAAGGAAGUGGUCAAAUGGUUGGUCGCAGCUAUUACAGGAGUCGGGUUCUGCCAGCCCCAGGAGAAGCCACAAGAAACUCCCUCCUCUUCAGCAGAAGCCAGGGCUGAACACAGCUCAUCUGCACCAAGUCUAGCCAGCACACAGGCUCCGGCAGCUUUCUUUGCUCAAAAGGUGAUGCUCCUGCUCCAGCGGAUGUUGUCCAUCGCAGUGGAAGUGGACAGAUCUCCCACCUGCAGCUCCCAUAAGAUUGCAGACGAGAUAUUCCCAUUUUUACUGAAUAUCCCCCUGAGGAGCCAAAGGGAAGCUUUAUUAAACACCAUGGAGAGCCAGCUCCUGCGCUGCAGACUGCUAGAGCUGUUGUUCCAGCACAGUUCUGAUGUGCCCUCAACCUCAUCUAUGUCUCUGGAGAAAAUCCUGUAUUUCCUGAGCCACUUCUCUGUGCUGCUGCAUUUUGAGGAUGAAACAGCAACCUGGCAAAGGUGGGAUGAGAUGCUGCAGUACUUGAGUUUGCUGCUGAUGAGUUACCGAAGUGUAAUACAGGAGCACCUGCGGAGCUCCCUCAGUGACCGGAUGGACUUGAUGGUUCAGAAAGCCAAGCCCAGGCUCCAGGAGAGUGACAGUAUCACCAGCCUGGACGUUCAGGUGAAGACUGAGGACUUCAUCAGGCGAAUGCAGGGGGUCCUAGGGCAGCCUUUUCCUCCACAAAUCCAGGAGAAAUUGUUCCUGCUGCAAGAGUUGUUCUCUAUUGUCACUACUGCCUGAUGGAGACAACCACUGCAGCAAGGGGGACAAAGAAUUUCAAGUUUCCAAAAAAAAAAAAAAAAACUCAAAACCCCCAUCUCAUGCUGCAGUCUCAAUGUCAUGGGGGUUGGUUUAUACAGUUCUUUAGAAAAAUAGUUGGUUUACAUGGUCUCAGAAUUUCUGUUCAAAUUUGCAUCGUUUAUCAGGCACGUUGUACACUUUAAAAAAAUAAAUUAUUUUUAUAUUU